AUGGAUGCUCAAUCGAAGGCAAUAGCUGAACAUCUGAAACAACAUCGAGAGAAAUCGAACAUACGUGCUUUAUUUCAAGCUGUGGAGAACUUCAAAGAAGACGGAGGCACUCGAAAUACAUUCCAUGAAGCACUUGAUAGCUUUGCGCCAGGAGUUUUCGGCGAGUCUGCACUUGAUCCAUCAGUACCCAUUCGAAUAUUUCCUUAUAGUGACGAUGCAUUCGAAUUAGCUAGAAAAAAAUCACAGAAAACAAAUCUUGAAUCCUAUGGUUUACUAUGGUGUGACCAAAACAUGAAUUCACGAGAAGAUAGUCGACAAACACAGAUUAAACUACGUGAGGUUAUUAAUUUCUUAGCGACGUUCCAAACGAGUGAAGAAUGCUACAGUUAUAUUCAAGAACAUACUGAUAGACAAUUUAUUCUAAUUAUCUCUGGUGAAUUAGGAAGAGAAUUAAUACCACAAAUACAUAUGUUAACAUAUAUCAUAUCGAUUUAUAUUUUCUGCUAUACGAAAUCUAAACACGAAAAUUGGCCUGAACAAUACGAAAAGGUAAUUUUAAUGCACCAUACACAUGACAGUAAAUACUAA